AUGAGCUCACAUCGGUAUCAGCGGGUUGAUGGGCAUGAUGUAGAUGAUGAUGAUGAACAAACAUUAUACCCUGUCCCGUCCGGGCCCGUGCCUUCGUCUCCGCCACCUUCAUUCCACUCCAGAUCAUCCUCCCCACCCUCGCGCCGUGUCUUAUCCCAGGACCCGUUACACUCAGAAGCAGAUCAAACGCUUGCGGAUACGUUCGGCGAUGAUGAUGAAGACUCAGAUGCCGAAGAUGGAGUCGAUGACAGACAGAGACUGAUGAGGGGCAAUACCAGCCCUCAGGGUAAUAGCGUCUCAACGAACUUCGGAAGCGGAGGAAAUGGGGCCCAGCCUCAGGCCGUGUCGGCGGCGGGGAAUGUAACGCAAGCGGCGUUUAAUCCACCUAUUUCUACCUCAUCCAGAACGAUACGAGGGGCUGGGACUACGAACGAUGGGGUUUUUGCUAAUUUAGCCGCGAAGCCUGAGCGUGGAGAAAAAACCGAGGAUCUACCACCGACAUAUGAACAAGCCGCGGCUGACGCCACCCCUCCUUAUUGGGAGACAACCAUCGUUGCCCCCGGCAUGUCCUCCGAUGAAGUCUAUGUCGAUGGCCUCCCUGUCGGUUCUGUUUUCUCGUUUAUCUGGAACGGCAUGAUAUCUACGUCUUUUCAACUUGUCGGAUUCCUCCUUACCUAUCUUCUUCACACAACUCACGCGGCCAAGAACGGCAGCAGGGCCGGCUUAGGCCUCACUCUCGUCCAAUAUGGCUUCUACAUGAAAGGCAGCGGUGAAAUAAAUAGGCCAUCAGAACCCGACGGCAGCUACGCCACCCCCCCAGACCCCAACAGUCAUAAUUUCGACCCGAGCAAAGUGGGCCAACCCGGUUACGACUCAGGCGCUGACUCGGGUUCAAAACCUUUCGCGGGUAUAACGACAAGCGAAUGGGUAUCGUAUAUACUUAUGGUUGUUGGGUGGUUUAUAUUGAUCCGGUCUGUCAGUGAUUACCUGUGGGCACGGCGACAUGAACAACUCGUCCUGCAAAGCCCUGACCGGGGCCUCAGCGUGCCUAUAAUAGCCGAAGGCGAACGGGCCGAAACGGUCGUUUGA